AUGGAACAGCCGAAUUCCUUUACGUGGAGCUCAUGCGAGGGCAAUGAUGACGGCCGACGCAUCGCAAUAAAGGAGGAAGCUCUGGGUGUGGGUAUCAGACACUGCAAGCAUCUUAUUGAGAAAUUAGAAAGGGUUCUACACAAUGCUCAUGCGAAUGAUGCAUCGAAUUCGACCGUGUUGGGACGUGAAAUCCUUGAAAAAUGGAUCAACGACUGCAAGAGCCUCAUUGAUCGCCAUAAGGAAUUUAGGGUCCUUGUGGGUGUCGCGGGGCCCACCGGUAGCGGUAAAACGUCAGCCCUCAAUGCUCUCCUUGAGGCUGCUACGGCGGUGCCUUGUCGAAUCGCAUAUAACCAGGACGAUAGGAGCAGCAUGAAGUUCCGCGCAUGUGUCACGUUCCGCAACAAAUCCGGUCUAACAAAGCAACUCAAACAAUUUUAUGAGGAUUUGCAGAGUAGGGACGAGCUACGGGAUUCAUCCACAGGCUCGGCUGAGGACUAUGAGGCUUUGAGGAAUGCCAAUGCUAACUUGAAGCCUACGUUCGAAAUGAUCAGAACAAUAUUCGGCCUUGAGGAGAAGGAUGUUGUGAAAAUGACACCCCAAGAUCUCCUUGACUCGAACCAAGACGUUAGCAAGUUGCUUGGAACGACAAAAAGGUAUCAUAGUAGUAACGCUGAACAGCUAUCUGAACAAAUUAAGCCAUACCUGGAUUCAACCGUUGCCCAGCACACCAAGUUAGGCGCUGAAUUUGCAGCUUGGCCUCUCGUCGAUGAAGUCGAAGUAUUUGUGAAGUCCGACGUCCUCCGCGAUGGCGUGGUGCUUGUCGACCUCCCUGGGCUUGCAGAUUCGGUAGAGAGUAGGGCUGCGAUAGCUGAGGCAUAUUUCCCUAAACUGGCUGCAACUCUAAUUGUGACUCCGGCUCGUCGAGCAGCGGAUGACUCGACAUCAGUGAAGCUGAUGUCAGAUCACCAAGAGUUGCAGAUGCAGAUGAACGGAAAGUUCCACAAACGAAGCUAUUGUGUUGUAGUUUCGCAAAUUGACCAACUUGAGCGGAGUUCGGCUCUGAGAACUCGGGAGGCAAAGUCGAAUGCAGAGUUGCAAGAGCUUCUACAAGAAGAGAAGCGUUUAAAGCUGAAGAAACAAGACAAAGAGAACAAGUCGAAAUCUGCUUCAAGAGAACUGAAGAAACUCCAAGCGGCAUGGCGAGCUACAACAUCCACUGGAAAUAAACGCCGAAAGGGCUUUAGUGGUGUAUCGAAAAACACAGACCCGGAGGAAGAUUACAAGAAAUUGAUAAAAAGUCAACGGGCUGUUUCUGUAAAGGCUAGGGCAGAAGUGGACGCCGCGAAUGAGAAAGUGAAGGAUGUUGGAGGCCAUAUACAUUACCUCUGCGUUAAGAAUAGGAACGAAUUCUUCGAGGGUCGGAUCCAACAUGACUUUGAAAGACGACAAGCAAACAUCACUACUGACGACCACAAGGACUUAAAGGACACAUACGAUGGCAGAGUAUCGAUUUGUCCAAUCAGCGCCAAAGCAUUUUGGCAAUGUAGCCCAGGCGAGGAGCCUCUGAUGGGGUUCCCGAGUCAGCUAUAUUCAGGAAUUCCGAAUCUCGCGCAUUGGACUCGGCACGCAACAAUUCCAGAGCGAGAAAUACAUGCGGAUAGUCUUCUACAUGACCUACGCCACUGCUUCAACAUAAUUCAAACGUGGUCGAAGGAAGAAUGGAGCCAUAAUCGACUCGAGGUUAAUAAGGAAUGGAUCCAGGAACAGGUAUUCCCGAGCGUAUAUGCCGGGUUACAGGAGAGUCUGAAUACGCAAUGGGCCGCGGUCGAAAAAGACGUCCGAAAGUGUAGCCCACUGAAGGGCCAAAAACAUUCAAUUAACAGUUGCGCGGAAGAGUGCACAAAAGUGGUAAAGAGGUGGUCGUAUAAAAUUGUUAACGACGAAGCCGAUCGAGAUAGGAUACAUUGGAUCACUUAUCAGGCGAACAUAAAGAGGAAAGGUGACAAGUUCCUGAGCAGGUCGGGAGAAGGACAGGUUGAAUACAACUGGAUGGAGAAUGUAUCGGACGUCCUCCUAAGGACAAUUGUCGCCGACUGGAACCAGGCCCUUAACCACAAUAUCCCCGGGCUUGCGAGGCCGGCUGCUAAACGGGCAAACAUGGCCUGGAAGGAAUUUAUUGAGCGUGUGAGGUUUAGCGUUGAGGAAGUAAUCCCACGCCUUUCACCAUUCCUCGAAGAAAUAAUCCCUAAACUAGACGUCAUAAAGGAACAAAUCAAGGACAAAAUGCGACAAGCUCUAAGAGACCUCUCUAAGGGCGCAUCGGAAGUACAUCCUGAUUUGGUUAAGGAAAUUCAGAGGAAAUGGAAUAGCACUUUCAAGAAUGCCGGCAAAAUGAAAGGAAAGGGAUCAUUCAAGGAACGCGAGGAGAUAAUCAUACAGUUCGCAGUCGAUAGUGGAAGAAUGAUGUUCAAUGCUGCUUUCACACGCUUGAGGAAGCAGCUUAACGACAAUUUCAAUCGACUUCCCGAUAUCCUUAAAAGUAUAACCAAAUUCGCUCUCCAGGCAGUCCAAGACCAGAUCGAAGCACUUCUUGACAAUGCGCUUUUGCCCGAUAUCAAGAUGGAGGGUGCCCUCGAGGAAAAGGUCAAACUACAGCAUGACAUUAGGGGGAUCUUAUUUCAAUGGGAUGUCCAAUGGACCGUUCCCGGGAGCAGUCAUACGAAUGUGGAGGAGUUCGCGAUCCCCAGUGAAUACCACGGUGUAUAGGAUGAUUUCGAUGACGGUGAUAGCGGGGACGACGAAAUGGAUAUAGAUGAUGAAGAUCCCAUUUAGCUGGAAAGCGGUAACAAAACCAGCCAGUCACGAAUUCGUCUUGUCCAGGAGAACUUUGGCAUUACUCAACACCACACCACAUCCCGCUCUUACUUUCUAUUAAGCACCAUAUCACGU